GGAAACCCUCCGCAUAAGCGCUUCGGAAAUCCAUCUUCCGCCGCCAUCUCUGUUUCCUCACUGCAAAAAAGCUUCAUCUUUGUUUUCUCUCUCAAAGUCAUUAUCAUAUCCUCUUUUCUCGCACGCUUUUCACUCGUUCAUCCUCUUGUUCUCCGUUUCCUCACGGUGAGGUUUUGUGACAUGUCUUGAAGACGAGAGGCCAUAUCAAUCAUACAUGUACAUACGUUUCAGUUUAUAGCUAUGUGCGCCCUUUAUACAAGUUAUUAAGCUCGACCCAUUUUACAACUCCAAUAGAAUGGAAAUGGGUCGUUUUUAUUUUGCUUGGUUUGUGAUAUUCUGGAUUUUGUUUUUCCCCGGAAAGCUUAGGGUUUUUCUUGUCCUGUGGUCUGUGUCGAUUUGGGCGCUGUGAUGUAUAUAUUGGGUGUGUUUUGAAGUGUAAUUUGUUGAAAAAAGUGGCGAAAAUGAGUUUGAGAACAGCUUCGGACGAUUCCGCGUCGGAAAUCCAUCUUCCGGCCGACAUAGACUGGGAGAUGCUUGAUAAAUCUAAGUUCUUCUUCCUCGGGGCGGCGUUAUUCUCCGGCGUAUCGGCGACGCUCUAUCCGGUGGUGGUGCUAAAAACUCGGCAGCAGGUGGUAGCGUCUCAAAUCCCUUGCCUGAAGAUGGCCAAUUCGAUCUUGAAGAACGAAGGGUUCCGGGGAUUUUACAGGGGAUUUGGAACUUCCCUCACCGGAACCAUCCCGGCGCGUGCACUUUACAUGGGCGCGUUAGAGAUGACCAAGAGUAAUGUAGGAAACGCCACCGUUCAGCUGGGGUUCUCCGAUGCCACAGCGGCUGCCAUAGCCAAUGCGGCUGCCGGUCUGAGUGCGGCCAUGGCAGCUCAGCUAGUGUGGACUCCCAUAGAUGUUGUGAGUCAGAGGCUAAUGGUUCAAGGAUUCGUAACUGAAGGAGGACAAGUUGGGUUGAAGAGCUACAGUGGCGGAAUAGACGCCUUCAGAAAGAUAGUGUGUAGCUAUGGAGUGAGGGGAUUGUACAGAGGUUUCGGGAUUUCAAUCCUGACAUACGCCCCUUCCAAUGCGGUAUGGUGGGCCUCAUACUCUGUAGCUCACAGAGGGUUAUGGGGAUUGAUCGGCUGCCAUGGCUGCAAGAAGGAGGAGAGCGGUUACACGGCGGAUGGGAAGGCGCUAGUGGCAAUUCAAGGGAUGAGCGCCACCUUGGCUAGUGGCAUCUCCGCCUUGGUGACCAUGCCGCUCGACACGAUCAAGACAAGGUUGCAAGUGUUGGACGGGGAAGGGGCAGCCGCUGCGGAGAGGCGGUGGAGGCGGCAGCCUACGGUGGUCGAGACGGUGAGGGAGUUGGUCCAUAAAGACGGGUUCCGGGCAUGUUACAGGGGUUUAGCUCCCAGAUGGGCUUCCAUGUCUAUGUCCGCAACCACUAUGAUCACUACCUAUGAGUUUCUUAAGAGGCUGUCUACCAAAAAUCAUGAAAGCUAUGCUCGAUAGAAUCACGCAAGUAGAAGGAUAGAUGAGGUUUCUUUUAUGUGAUGUUUUAACUCGCCUUGAAAGGCUCUGCCUGAUUGUGAAAUCAUAAAUGCAAUAAUUAUAUUCGUGGUCAUAAAUAUACUACUAGUACAAAGAUGUUGUUAACGCUAUGUACUUCUAUUAGUUCUACACUUUACCUUUUCACUCCGUUAAAAUUUGAGUGAAGGUUUUGGGUAAGGGCCAGUUCCGUUUUUUUUGUGUUUUAC